AUGAAAGAACUCGACUUUUCAAAGAGUAUUUUCAUCAUCACGAUAUUAUUAUUAUUAAUUCUUCAUCAUUUUGAAUACUAUUCUAAUCAAGGAGGGUUCGUGUUGGGGGCUGGUGUUGUUCGUACCCUUGUUGGUAGUAUGAGAGGAUUGGAUAAAGUAUUAGCCACUCAAACUUCUCUUAAUCUUCCCUCGAGUAUCACUCAUGAAGAUGCGAACGGUGAAUACUAUAUUUCAGAGUCUUACAUGGGGGUGAUAUGGAGAGUAUUCAAUAAUGGGACAAUGGUAAGAUUUGCAGGAACAGGUUUUCAAGGAUAUAAUGGAGAUGGAAAAUUGGCUUUAGAGACAGAUUUGAAUUAUCCAGGAAGUUUAAUGAUGUAUGAUGGAGAGCUAUACUUUUCCGAUCUUUCCAAUUAUUUAGUUAGGAAGGUUGAUAGGAAUGGCUAUGUGAGAACAGUGGCUGGUUCAAUUAAAUCAUAUGGAUAUGCUGACAAUGUCCUUGCAAAUGAAACAAAUAUUUAUCCCACUGGGAUUUAUGUUACAAAAUUGGGAGAAGUUUUAAUUGCUGAUUCUUCCAUUCACAGAAUUCGAAAGGUGCUAAAUAAUGGAACGAUAAUAACGAUUGCAGGAAAUGGAAAACAAGGUUAUAACGGAGAAGGUUUAUCUGGUUUAGAUUCUGCACUUAAGGAACCAUAUUCUGUAGACAUGGACUCUGAUGGAAACAUCUAUUUUGCAGAUAAGGGUAAUUCUAUAAUUCGAAAAAUAUUAGCAUCCAAUGGAGCAGUGAUAACAGUUGCUGGAAACGGAACUAAGGGAUAUUUUGCAAAUACUAUUGAUGCCUUGUCUUCUCAACUUGAUACUCCAGUCAUGGUGACUGUAGGUAAGAAUGGAGAAUUUUACAUUGUGACUGGUAAUUUAAUAAGAAAGGUUUCUAGUGAUGGAUUAAUUUCUACUGUUGUAGGAACUGGGGCUACAGGUCCUUUUGAAGAUAAUAUUCUAGCCGUCAAUGCCACCUUGGGUAUUCCUUCGGAUGUGAAGAUUAGCAGAAAUUCAGAGUUGUUGAUAGUGGAUACUUUCAAUUAUAGAAUUAGAAAAGUUCUUUUGAAUGGAACGAUUCAAACAAUUGCAGGAAAUGGAUUCGACCGAUUCAAUGGAGACGGAUUACAAGCAAAGGACACAUUACUAAAUAGCCCAUCCUCUUUAAUUGUAAACCCAGAUCAAAGCUUGUACAUUGUUGAGAGAGAUAAUCAGAGAAUUAGAAAAGUUGAUCCAAACGGAAUUGUGUCAACUUUUAUUGGUACUGGAAAGAGAGGCUUUAAUGGUGAUAGGUUGGCUUUGGACGUGCAAUUGUACAAUCCUACAUCUAUCUCUAUUGAUUCGAAUGGAACAAUUUGGUUCUCAGAGGCCAAUAGCCAUCGAAUUCGUAAAUUAUUAAGCAAUGGAACAGUGAUAACAGUGGUUGGGUCCACCACUGGAAGUACAGCUGAUGGUCCUGCAUUGCAAACAAAACUCACAAUUCCAAACGGCAUCGGUUUUGACUUGGAUGGAUCUCUAUUAAUUGCUGACAGAUAUAAUCACAGAAUUAGAAAGUUAUUAAGUAAUGGGACUUUAAUUACUAUUGCAGGAACAGGUGUUUCUGGAAAGGGAGGUGAUGAUAUUCUAGCCACUAAUUCCUCCUUGAAUCAACCUUCUGGAGUUUGUACCAUGCCAAAUGGUGACAUUCUAAUUGCUGAUAGAGCCAAUCAUCAAAUUCGUCGUCUGUUUGUUAAUGGCACUAUCAAAACAAUUGCAGGAACAGGCAGUAGUGGGUAUAAUGGAGACGGUUUACCAGCAACAAGCUCCACACUUAAUUAUCCUCAAACGGUUACAAUGUUUCAUAAUGAAAUUUAUAUGGUUGAUACUUCUAAUAGUCGAAUUAGAAAGAUACUCAAUAAUGGGACAAUGAUUACUAUUGUUGGCAAUGGAAUAAGAGGUGACAGUUUGGAUGGAUUAGAUCCACUUGAAUCUAAAUUGAAAUCACCCUAUCAUGUCACCUUUGAUUCUAGAGGAAGAAUGUACAUUUCUGAUUACUCGAAUCAUAAAAUUAAGGUUGUCGAUUUCAAUUCAAGCCCAGAAACCAAUACAACUUUCAAUAAUAGAACAUUACCAAGCACUGAUAGUAAUACUACAUCUGCAAUCAGUAAUUCAACCUUAAACAAUAAUUCGACAAAUUUAUAUAAUAGUACAGUGAUUGGAAAUAAUAGUCUACCAAAUAAUGGAUCUCUCAUUCCAUCGACUAGUAAUAGUACAAUAGUAACACCAACAUCGAAUCAUUCUUUCACAAGCAUACCAAUUAGAAACAGUACUUUUGUUUCACAAUCUCAAAAAAGUUGCAUUCCAACAAAGUGGUUGGUUCUUCUUCUGUUCGUAGCAUUCUUAUUGACAACAAAUCCACAAGAUUAUGACAAUAAAAAUGUUGAAUAA